CUUCCUCUUCAUCCUCCUCUCUUUCAGGAGCUGACUCGUCAUCGCGGUCUAGAGGGCGGAGCUUCACCACAAGGUUAUCCAUUUUAUCUGCCGAUUGGAAGUCCGCCGAAGGCGUACAGCUUCCCCUCCUCCGUGUUCAUUGGUCAGAAUGGAGACAAGCAAACAUCACCAGAACCCUCAUUGGACGGUCAGCUGGCCUGCCGUUGGAUGAAGUGCCACCUGUUGUUCGACUCGCUGCAGGACCUGGUGGACCACAUCAACGACCUCCACGUCAAGCCUGAAAAGGAUUGUGGGUACUGCUGCCGGUGGGACGGCUGUGCUCGAAAUGGCCGGGGGUUCAAUGCCAGGUAUAAAAUGCUGAUUCAUAUCCGCACACACACCAAUGAGAAGCCGCACCACUGCCCCACCUGUAGCAAGAGCUUCUCCCGACUGGAGAACCUGAAGAUACACACCCGCUCACACACAGGAGAAAAACCCUACGUCUGUCCUUACGACGGCUGCAGCAAACGUUACUCCAACUCCAGCGACCGCUUCAAGCACACGCGCACGCACUACGUGGACAAGCCGUACUGCUGCAAGAUGAGCGGCUGCAUGAAGCGCUACACCGACCCCAGCUCGCUGCGCAAGCACAUCAAGGCCCACGGACACUUUGUUUCCCCGGAGCGCGGCGCCGGGAGCACGGCCGGGUCGGGUCCGGCUCUCAUGGGGCCCCAGCGACUCUCUGAUCUGCAGGGCUUGUGUGGGGCCCAUCUCAUCCUCCCCGGGGGCCCUUUCUCUGCUUUCUGCCACCGCGGGGCGCCGCUCUUCUCCUUAACCGGAGGAGGAAGCGCCGUGAGGACGCUCGCCCUCUCAGACUCUCCUCUCUUACACUUUGGACUGUCGGCCGUGUCCGUGUUGGGGCUGGGGGCUCUGGGGGCUCUGGGACGGGUGGCAGGGAGGCAGACGGACGGAGAGGAGGAGGAGGAGGAGGAGGAAGAGGCCGGAGGAGAGGAGAGGGAGGUGCUGAACCUGUCUGCGGGGCACAGGCGAAGGGACCCCCCUCUGUCCUGGCUGGUCGUCCCCCCGAGGGCCCUCCUCCUCCAACCGGCCGUCGUCAGCUAGGAUGUGCACAGAUAGCAGGUAGUGUGUGUGUGUGUGUGUGUGUGUCUGUGUCUGUGUGUGUGUGUGUGUGUGUGUGUGUGUCUGUGUCUGUGUGUGUGUGUGUGUGUGUGUGCUGUCACCUGCCAUAAAAAAUGUUAAAAACACUUCCGUCAUUCCAGCCCAGAGAACAACAGAAAACGGACUGAAAGCGUUUUUUGUGUGUUUUGCGUGAACUCGUUCUUCUAUAAAGUCCCGGAUGUCUUUAGACUCAACUCGUCUUCUGGUGUAACGGGACUGAUACGGUGCGUUCAUGGUCCCCAGGAGACGGGUGCUUCUGACUCUGGUGAUGCUGACGUUUGACAUUUCAAAUCCCGAAUUACAAAUCAAAGACGUUUUUCGAUAUGUUGAGAAGCACGUCUGUCUGCACGGCUGGAGACCACACAAGUGAUGGAACUAUGUGUGACUUAGGUGAACCGACCCUUUAAUGUUCGUCUGAACCUUGACCUCAGAUUCACUAAUCUGUUUAUUUUAUGUUUGACAACCUCCACUGACUGCUGAGCCCGUUUCACUCAUGAAUAGAUGUGGGAGAGCAGGACUACGGGGAGCAACGAGGAACCGAAACACGAAUGAAAACGUGUUGCAGACUUCAUCAACAUCCAAUGUGGAUUUAGUCACCAUGAGCGCCUGAGAGGACCCACGAACAGAAGGGUUAGCCCCCUGGAGGAGAGCGGAGCUCCGAGGCCCAGAACCACGUGAGCCUCGAGGUUGACGACGUGUGACAACACGUUAUCACCAGUUUGACCGUGUGAUGUUCAAGUCGCAAGAAACUAAGAAAUAAAGCGCGUUGACUGGAUGUGUGUGGUCGACUAACUAGCUGACUCAUUCUAUUGUUUUAUUAAUCAUUCCUCGACAACGAUCUCACCCGGAUCGGCCCUUAGAGAGAGAGAGAGCAGCAUCAGCCCGUAGACCGAAGGCGUGAACACAUCGGCUCUGACAGACGCUGGAUGUUUGACGACGCCCACCUGCGGCCGCGAGCUAUUGACUUAUCUCCUGUUCCUGUUUGCACAUCCUCUGACCCGGGAUCAGUACUUCAAUACGGUGCCUUGUGUUUCAUCUGAAUCACUCAGCAUAUGAAACAUAUCCACAUGUAACGUGUAUGAAUGUACCUUUCACUACAGCUUUACUAAAGAUUUAAUAACUUGACAACAGACGUGAUAUGGACUUCACCAGCGUCGAUGACGAUGACUUGAUGUCAAUAAACACAAAUAAUAACCAAUAAAUACUGCGUCGCUCGUUCUUGUGUUUUUAAUUUAUUUGUAUUUUAUUUGCUUGUAGAAGUUUUUCACAAACGUGAACCGAUAAAGAAGCGUUAAUACU